AUGGACAACUUCAUACCGAUCAGACUGGCGCCUUCUCUUCCAUUCUCCUUUGUUUAUCGGUUAAGCUGUUGCGAAUUUUGAAUUUGGCCCAACCAACUUCAUGCUCAUUUUUUUUAAACAAAAGAACUAUCCACCAACUAUAGCUCAGUGCAAUGCCAGACAAUUUAACCGAUUUUCGCAUAGUGCACAACACAAUGUGAGCACAUUGUUUCCGAUUCGUGUAAAAAUUUCGUAAACAGUAUUAUUUAAAUGGAUGGCUAAUUUGUGUUUUAUAUUUGGAUUCUAAAUAAAAACGUGUGACGUUUUGUAAAAUGUUUGAUCAAAAAGAGACGGCAUCGGGUUACCUGUUCUAUGUAGACAGGCAAACAGGUAUACAGCAAACUGACAAUCCACAGCUGCAGGAGGUAAUGCAAGUGAUUCAUGACAAUCAUAAAUCCAUCAAAUACAUCACAUAUCGAUGCGCUACGAAAAUUUGGUUUCUAAAACAAUCAUUUUACACCGUGAACAUUCCGUACAGUCUUGUGAUAACCGUGCUAAACCACCAUGGAUUUACUCAAUGUGAUAAUGUUCCAGUGUUGAAGCCUAGACAGUUAAUUGCUAUUAUCCAUGAUAUUUACUUUGCUGCUCACAAGUGUGACCUCUUCACCGAAAGUGUUGACUUUCACUUGAAACGGUGCACAUCGAUGCUUGCCAAUUUCUUUUGGUGUAUUUAUGACCCAAAACGUAUGGUGCCACUGUCGCUGUUGGUGUUUCGGCAAAUGAUGUUGUUACUUUGCAAUACACAGCACUACGGUCAAUUGAUUGAAGAGGAAUUCAAUUUGGUGACAGAUCCAAACCGAUGUGUCAAUCGAUUUCGAUUUGAUUUGAUCAUCAAUGCCAUGUCGAAGUUCUUUUCGUACAUCGGAGAGAGUACAUUGCAUGGACCUCAUUUGAUCGGCGCGAUUAUUCAAGAAUGCUUCGAGAAGAGUCUCAGUAUGAUUGGCUUGAGUGAAUAUCAAUUCAUUGACCUUUGGCAACAGCAAAAUAUCAAAUUCUCCUACUACACAAACGUGUUGGCAAUGCUACAUCGAAUAAAAGAGUCACAGAACAUCGUUCACGAAGUUGAAUGUGUCAACUGUAAGAAGUCACCGAUUGUGGGAAUCCGAUUCAAAUGCCAACAAUGCAAGAAAUUGUCACUGUGUUUUGAAUGCUUUUGUACUGGUUACAAAAGUUCCAAACACGAAAUGUCCCACCGAAUGUAUGAAAUUAGUACAAAUCUCUCAAAAAGCAAUAUGUUUUCCUCGACUAUGGCAAGUGUCGGAAAGUUGUUUUGUUUCAAGCGAAAACCGAGCAAACGAGAAAAUGAUCACAAUAUUACCAUGGAAAUAAAGGUGACCGAUGGAGAAAACGGUGAUACUAACACCACGGUCAUUGAAUGUGUCAAUGACAUGAAAUGGGAUACGCCACGGAAACCGAAGCCAAUUAUCCAUCAAAGUAGUGAAAAAUUCAAUGUGACAACUAAAGCCCCAAUUCAAACUGCCAGUCCACAGAAUGAACUGAAUUCUGUACUCAGUUCCCUUGCUCGCCAAGUGGAAGACUUUCGAGGGUAUCUGGCAUUGUCCAAAAAGCAAAGAAAACUUCUGAAGCCAGAAUUCCUAAGUGAUCAUCAAGUCUUCCUCAAUGACAUCAUCCAAAAAUUACGAGUUUUGAAUGUGCCCAAGCCAAAUUCCAUCUCCGUUUCAAACGCAUAUUAUCAGCACCAUUCAAGUACUCCCUAUCGAAGCGACUACAUUCGCAAACCACUCGCGUUCAGUAUCGGCACUCAAUCAACUGACACCAUUUACAGAGUAAAAUCAGACAAGAUCUAUUUAGAAGAUAAUCGAUCUGAUUAUACAUUAGUGGAUGUCAGCACAAUGCCACGCUCCAAGUCACGAACCAUCCAUGCGACGGAGAAAUCGAAAAUUGAUGUGCGUCGCUGUCGUUCAGUUGCAAAUCUCAUGCCAGAAGAUGCUUUCGAAGCUGAAAUGGAGAAUUUCAAGCACCUACUCGGCAAAAUCAAAGUCAUUUUGGAUGAUUCAAACAGUGAUAACAACAAAUUGUCAACGGCAGCAAAUAAAUUCGAACGGGCACUCGAUAAGCUGAUUGAGUCUGAGGAACAGAAACGGAUAUGUUAUGUGUAAUACAAAUUUAAGCCUAAUCUUUGAUGUUUAAGAAGUGAUUUUUGACGCUAUUUUGAAAUAAGAAAAUAGAUAUAGGAUUUGUUGUGCAAAUUACUCGAACGACGGCUUUCUAGAAUCUCCGAAAUUUGUAUUCCAACAGUGAGUUGCGUUCUCUGUUGAGGAUGGUCUUUAUUUUUUCUAGCUAUCUAUGUAAGCAAUACUAUUUUUUAUUCAUAGAAUCAAACUAUCAAUCGAUAAUUUUCACGGUGAAUAGAGUGUAAAUAAGAUUGACAUAUGGAAAAUAAAGAUUGAUCAGGUUAUAUUGUUUCUUUAA